CCUCCGCAGGCGGCAAGCGACAGCCGUUGCCCGGAGCCCUGGCCGUGGCCAGCCUCUCCUCGCCCUCUAGUGGGGUAAAGCGUCGGCGCCGGCGGCUGGGCGUGACUUUCAUCCGCUCCCUUUAGCCUGCCGGGGGGGACCGAGAGUCAGUCAGGGAACUGAGCUAAAUCGGGACUAGCGGCAGUGCUGGGUGAAGAUAGUCCGGGAUUAACGGCGUCCCCCUCGUUCCCGACAACCCACCUCAGGGCACUGAGGAAGGCGAGAGGUGUCCCGCGCGGUCCCCCCGGCUGAGGGCAGCGGCGCAGCUGAAGACGGACGGGCAGCCCCAGGGCUCUUCCUAGCCCUUUUCUGCCCGCUCUUCAAAGCGAGGAGAGGGGGAAACAGCCCCGUGAAGGAGAACGAGGUGGGAAUCUGGCUCCCCCCACCCCCUCUCUCCCCUCAGUGCCUGGAGAGAGGGGCGAGAGAGGGGAGCCUCCUACUUUGGCAAGCACUUUGGCACUUUGCUGGAUCCGGAGAAAGAGAAGGUGGAAAUAUGGGGAAAGUUGGAACUUGCCUGGUUACUUUGGCUGGACUUUUGCUGGCGGCUGGAGCAGAGACGUUCACAGGUUGCUGUACAUUUGAUGAGCCUCUCAGUUCCUGUGGCUACAGUCAGUCUGAUGAUGAUGAUCUCAACUGGGACCAAGUGAAUGCACCAAUAAAGCCUUCCUCAGCUCAAGGGAUGCCAUCAGGUUCUUUCAUGAUGGUGAAUACAUCUGGGAGAUAUGCUGGGCAGAAAGCUCACCUCUUGAUGCCCCAUCUGAAAGAAAAUGAUACCCAUUGCAUCGAUUUCCACUAUUAUAUCUCAAGCAAGAGUGGAUCUAGCCCUGGCACUUUGAAUAUCUACGUGAAAGUUAACAAUGGACCUAUUGGUAACCCAGUCUGGAACACCUCUAGCACUCCUACUUGGGGCAGAGCAGAACUGGCAAUAAGCACUUUCUGGCCCAAUUUUUAUCAGGUUGUUUUUGAAGUGGUCACAUCAGGUCACUCAGGAUAUGUGGCUGUUGAUGAAGUGAAGGUUUUAGGACAUCCAUGUACAAAAACUCCCCACUUCUUGCGUCUGCAGAGCGUGGAAGUCAAUGCAGGACAGUUUGCUACUUUUCAGUGCACCGCUAAUGGUGGAACAGACUCCAGUGACAGACUCUGGUUGCAGGGCAUUUAUGUAAGAGAUGCACCUUUGAAGGACAUCAAAGUGUUCAACUUCCGCCGGUUUGUGGCUCUCUUUAGCGUGGUAAAUGCCACCAAGAGGGAUGCUGGCAACUAUCGCUGCAUGAUUCGGACCGAAGGAGGAGUUGGGGUCUCCAACUAUGCCGAGCUGAUAGUCAAAGAGCCGCCGGUUCCCAUCGCCCCACCUCAGCUGUCCUCAGUCGGUGCAACUUACCUGUGGAUCCAGUUGAACGCCAACUCCAUCAAUGGGGAUGGCCCCAUCAUUCAAAGGGAGGUUGAAUACCGAACUGCAAGUGGCAGCUGGUAUGACAUCCAGCCUGUGGACUCCACAAGCUAUAAGAUUGGGCACCUGGAUCCUGACACAGAGUACGAAAUCAGCGUGUUGCUUACGCGACCGGGUGAAGGAGGAACCGGCUCCCCUGGCCCAGCUCUCAAGACAAGGACAAAAUGUGCUGAUCCAAUGCGUGGGCCACGAAAACUGGAGGUUGUGGAGAUCAAAGCCAGACAGAUCACUGUUUGCUGGGAACCAUUUGGAUACAACGUCACUCGGUGCCAUCGAUACAACCUCACAGUCCACUACCGAUACCAGGCUGGAGGACAGGAGCAAGUGAGAGAAGAAGUAAGCUGGGAUACAGAAAGUUCACACCCCCAGCACACAAUCACUAACUUAUCACCAUACACGAAUGUCAGCAUCAAAUUAAUACUAAUGAAUCCUGAAGGACGGAAAGAAAGCCAAGAGCUUGUAGUACAGACUGAUGAAGAUGUCCCAAGUGCUGUGCCACUGGAAUCCAUCCAAGGGAGUACCUUUGAGGAGAAGAUUUUUCUUCAGUGGAGAGAGCCAGUGCAAACAUACGGUGUGAUUACUUUGUACGAGAUCACCUACAAAGCAGUCAGUUCCUUUGACCCAGAAAUAGAUUUAUCCAAUCAAAGUGGACGUGUCUCCAAGCUGGGAAAUGAAACGCACUAUCUCUUUUUUGGACUCUAUCCUGGCACUACCUACUCCUUCACCAUCAGAGCCAGCACAGCUAAAGGCUUUGGACCUCCAAUCACAAACCAGUUCACCACUAAAAUAUCAGCCCCCUCGAUGCCACCGUAUGAACUUGAAACACCUUUGAAUCAGACUGACAGCACUGUGACAGUCUUGCUGAAACCAGCACAGAGCAGAGGAGCUCCUGUCAGUGUCUAUCAAAUAGUUGUUGAAGAAGAACGCCCACGGAGGACCAAAAAGACAACUGAAAUCCUGAAGUGCUACCCAGUGCCCAUCCACUUCCAGAAUGCCUCCCUGUUGAAUUCCCAGUACUACUUUGCUGCCGAGUUUCCAGCCAAUAGUUUACAAGCUGCUCAGCCUUUUACUGUCGGCGACAACAAAACCUACAGCGGUUUCUGGAACACUCCUCUUCUUCCUCACAAGAGCUACAGCAUCUAUUUCCAAGCUGCUAGCAGAGCCAAUGGGGAAACCAAAAUCGACUGCGUCAGGGUAGCCACAAAAGCUGCGAUAAUCGUGACUCAGCUUACAACACCAUACAUUCGCAUCGCCCCUGCUGCAGGCGACGACCAACUAACAGGGGCUGCCACCCGAAAACCAGACCCAGAGCCUGAGAAGCAGACGGACCACACUGUUAAAAUCGCUGGAGUCAUUGCAGGCAUCUUGCUCUUCGUCAUAAUAUUUCUGGGGGUCGUGCUGGUAAUGAAGAAAAGAAGAAGCUAUCACUCCUACACUUAUUACCUAAAACUGGCUAAAAAACGGAAAGAGACACUGAGUAGCACACGGCAGGAAAUGACAGUGAUGGUGAAUUCAAUGGAUAAAAGCUACACUGAGCAAGGCACCAACUGUGAUGAAGCUUUCUCUUUCAUGGACACUCACAAUCUAAAUGGCAGAUCUGUAUCUUCACCAUCUUCAUUUACAAUGAAAACUAACACACUGAGCACAACAGUGCCUAAUUCCUAUUACCCAGAUCCAUUUGUGCCAACUGCAAUUUUAGUGCCAAUCAAUGAUGAAACCCACACGAUGGUCAGUGACACAAGCAGCCUGGUCCAAUCCCACACCUACAAGAAGCGAGAUCCGGUGGAUGUGCCCUACCAGACCGGACAGCUCCAUCCAGCCAUCCGUGUAGCUGACUUGCUACAACACAUCACCCAGAUGAAGUGUGCAGAAGGCUAUGGGUUCAAAGAGGAGUAUGAAAGCUUCUUUGAAGGACAGUCUGCACCAUGGGAUUCAGCUAAGAAAGACGAGAACAGAAUGAAAAAUAGAUAUGGGAAUAUCAUUGCAUAUGAUCACUCCCGAGUGAGGCUGCAGCCCAUUGAAGGAGAGACGAGUUCGGAUUACAUCAAUGGGAAUUAUAUCGAUGGCUAUCAUAGACCAAAUCACUACAUUGCUACACAAGGACCAAUGCAGGAGACAAUAUAUGACUUCUGGAGGAUGGUGUGGCAUGAAAACACAGCCAGCAUAAUCAUGGUUACUAACCUCGUAGAAGUGGGAAGGGUGAAGUGCUGCAAAUACUGGCCCGAUGACACAGAGAUAUACAAAGACAUUAAAGUUACCCUCAUAGAAACGGAGCUCCUAGCUGAAUACGUGAUCCGGACAUUUGCAGUCGAAAAGCGAGGUGCCCACGAGAUCCGCGAAAUCAGGCAGUUUCACUUCACCGGCUGGCCAGACCACGGUGUACCCUACCAUGCAACAGGCCUGCUGGGAUUCGUACGGCAGGUCAAAUCCAAGAGCCCACCCAACGCUGGACCUCUGGUUGUUCACUGCAGUGCUGGUGCUGGCAGAACUGGAUGCUUCAUUGUGAUUGACAUCAUGCUGGACAUGGCAGAAAGAGAAGGUGUGGUAGACAUAUACAACUGUGUGAGAGAGCUUCGAUCCCGGAGAGUUAACAUGGUGCAGACCGAGGAGCAGUAUGUCUUCAUCCAUGAUGCCAUCCUGGAAGCCUGUCUUUGUGGGGACACGUCAGUUCCAGCUUCCCAAGUUAGGUCUGUUUACUAUGAAAUGAAUAAACUGGAUCCUCAAACUAACUCUAGCCAGAUCAAAGAGGAAUUUAGGACUUUAAAUAUGGUGACUCCAACUCUGCGUGUAGAAGACUGCAGCAUAGCACUUCUACCACGGAAUCAUGAGAAGAACCGCUGCAUGGAUGUUCUGCCUCCAGACAGAUGCCUGCCUUUCCUCAUAACGAUAGAUGGAGAGAGCAGUAACUACAUUAACGCUGCCCUGAUGGAUAGCUACAAGCAACCGUCUGCUUUUAUAGUCACGCAGCAUCCUUUACCAAAUACUGUCAAAGAUUUCUGGAGGCUGGUCCUAGAUUAUCACUGCACCUCAAUAGUUAUGCUGAAUGAUGUGGAUCCUGCACAACUGUGUCCUCAGUACUGGCCAGAAAAUGGAGUACACCGACAUGGUCCUAUUCAGGUGGAGUUUGUCUCAGCUGAUCUGGAAGAAGACAUAAUCAGCCGGAUAUUCCGAAUUUACAACGCAGCCAGGCCCCAAGAUGGCUAUCGGAUGGUGCAGCAGUUCCAGUUCCUAGGGUGGCCCAUGUACAGAGACACCCCAGUCUCCAAACGCUCCUUCUUGAAGCUCAUCCGCCAAGUGGAGAAGUGGCAGGAAGAAUACAACGGAGGAGAGGGGCGCACCGUCGUGCACUGCUUGAAUGGAGGUGGCCGCAGUGGGACAUUUUGUGCAAUCAGCAUCGUUUGUGAAAUGCUUCGACAUCAGAGGGCUGUCGAUGUAUUCCAUGCUGUGAAGACACUGAGGAAUAAUAAGCCCAACAUGGUGGACCUUCUGGAUCAAUACAAAUUCUGCUAUGAAGUAGCUUUGGAAUACUUGAAUUCUGGCUGACGGUGUAAGCAGCACAGACAAAGCUCCUGCUUUUCAGCACCACCAACAAAGCAAGUUGCUUCAUGAUACCUAUGUAAAACGAGAUGACAACUUCUCACUGUUCUGCUUCUACUGCUUUGUCCAACUGGCUCUUUUGAAGAGCCCCAAGAGAUGUUUCUGAACCUUGCUUGCACCGCCCGGUUCCCACUACGAUGCCGCUGCUUGACACCCAUCUGAACGUACACCGCAACCCCACGGCAGCUGUUUGGACACCAUCUGCAUCCGCGGCCACUGAGGCGAUGAAGCAGCAUAGUCCUCUGGUGGAUGAGAGCACAAUGAUAUUCUUACCGAGGGAUUCGGAUUCUCCUCUUCUCUCGCCGUUGCCAGUCACCGUCACAGCCUCGUGUCCAUUUUUCUGUUCUGUGGAGAAUGCUGUCUGGCAUUUAUUUUAUUUUUGAGGGGGGGGUUGUUGGUUUUAUAAUAUCUGAUUUUUAGUUCUGUUUGUAUCCUAACACACAACAAAAUGAUCCAUAUGUAGCUUAGCUGAACUAAUUUGGCAGACCAAAUCACGUUACCUUCUUUUGAAGUCAGAGAGAGAAUCCUGGACAGAAAUACAGAGAGAAAAAGGAAAAUACAGAAUGCUCAGAUUAAUAUAUCCAAAGUCUGUUGUUGGUUUCUUUCUUCUACAUCAUCUUCUUCUUCUUCCUCAUCUUCUUCUUCUUCUAUUUGUUUAUAUUGUAAAUAUUUUUUUAUUAUUUCAUCAAAUUAUUUAUUCAUUAAAUGAACUUUUUUUUUUCCUUUUUUUUUUUGGUGAAGCACAGUGAGUGACAAUCAUUUUUAUCAAGCCCUGGAAAUGCUUAUUGUAUGAUAGUGUAAACAUUUGUUUACCUUGUAUGGAUUCUCAGCUCAAUAAAUAAUUACAUACAUGAUAA